GAAAUGAUGGCGGACGAUUCGAAGGAAGAAAACAGUCUGUCUGUUGACGAAGCCCUCAAGGAAAUGCCUUGUUGCCCACGAUGCAUUUUACGACUGCUUGGAGAAAGGAACAUCGAUUUAUACCAAGACAGUGUUGAGAGAGAAAUGCAGAGCAUUUGUGUAGCUUGUCUUGGUAUAUUGGAAAAGAGUACUGAAACUGCUUUUCUUGAUAAGAUACAAUCAGCCAUCAGGAGUAGUGGUCAUCAGUUUGAGAGUUUUAUGUUUGCUAUUUCUGUGUCGCAUUCUUUGACUCUUCGCCAGCACUCAUUAUCCAUAUUUCUCCAAGAAAACUACAGUUCAGCAUUUGACAGUAGGGAACUGGAUGAGAUCCCAAGAGUUAAGGAUGUGUUCAAAUGGGUUCAUGGUCCAAAACUAGAGGAAAGAUUACAAGUUAAUUACAAGGCAUUGAGCCCCUUUAAGAUUUUACUGGAUUUUACCCAUAGAGAUGCAGACAGAGAGGUUGAGUUUCUGAAUGAUUCAUCCAAGUCAAGGCUACGACAUCGGAGAAAACGACACAAAAUAGAAAACAAACCAGAGGAAGGAAGAAUUUCAUCAUCAUCUGUCAACAAAGCUCUCGCAGAACUUACAACUGUUGAUCGCCUGAAAAGAGUCACCGACUGCCCUCCUAAGUCACCUCAGUUCACCAUGGAGUUAUCACAGAUAACGUGUGCUCACGAUUCCAUCUAUAUUGCAGGGAGAUACAAUAAGUAUUCACGAACUCUUCCUCAAACACCUUGGUUAAUCGACAACGUUCGACUCCGCGAGUCGUCAGUUGAGGAAAAAAUUUGUGACCUCGUGACAGCCAAGGUCAGAUGUGACGGAAGACCCUUUCUGGUUGAACUGAUCAACCCGCGCCUCACUCGUCUGAAGGAGUCGUUCUUCAUUGAACUUCAAAAAGAAAUCAACUUUUCACAUUCCGACAUUGCCAUCAGAAACCUCCAGCAGGUCACAAAGGAGCAGUGCCUCGUCCUGAAAGACGCAGAAACCAACAAAACUAAAACUUACAAGGCGUUGAUAUGGACAGAAAACGAAAUUACUGACGAACAGCUUCAGAAACUUAAUGGAAUGAAGGAUGUAAAGAUUUACCAAAAAACUCCUUUACGUGUAUUACACAGGCGUCCUUUGGCUGUGAGAGAGCGAUAUAUCUUUAGCAUGACAGCAGAACGCAUCGACUCCAAUCACUGGAAUCUCUUCCUUAAAACCCAAGCAGGAACUUAUGUAAAAGAAUUUGUUCAUGGAGACUUUGGAAGAACAAAACCCAGUUUGGGAGAUUUAUUACACACUGAAACGGACAUUUUGGAAUUAGAUGUAGAGUCUGUGGACGUCGACUGGCCUCCAAAGAAAGACUUAAACAAUGUAGAAAACGACAAAAGUCAAAUUGUUUCUCGAAUACCUCCUAACUUUUAUACUUGAGCCGCUGACCAGAGGGUCUGGUCAGCUGUAAACAUUUGUCGUUACCUCAUAUCAGGCAAAAUGGCGGAGUACUGUGGAGGCGUUUUGCGUCGCGAUGAGCCAAAAGAAUUGUGAUGAUGACGAUAACGUUACGAUGAUGAUGCUGAUGAUGACGAUGACAAUAAUGAUGAUGACGAUUACUAAGUGCUAUAACGAUAAUAAUAAUUGCAUAAUGCCAUGAGAAUAGUAUCAUCGAGCAUUUGCAAAU